GGCUGCGCGCAGCUGGAAGAGGAAGGAAGGAAACGAGGCCGCCGCUGCCCGGAGAUCGCCUCGCCCGAAGCUGCUUCCCUGCCCGGAGGAAACUCCUCUUCUGCCCAGAUGCCGGCCUAUCACUCCACUUUGAUGGACCCCGACACCAAACUGGUGGGGAACAUGGCUCUGUUGCCCAUCAGGAGUCAGUUCAAAGGACCAGCUCCUCGUGAAACAAAAGAUAUGGAUAUAAUCGAUGAAGCCAUCUACUACUUCAAAGCCAAUGUGUUCUUUAAAAAUUACGAAAUCAAGAAUGAGGCUGACCGAACCUUGAUCUACAUAACUCUCUAUAUUUCGGAGUGCUUGAAAAAAUUGCAGAAGUGCAAUUCCAAAGGCCAGGGGGAAAAAGAAAUGUAUACUUUGGGGAUCACCAAUUUCCCGAUUCCUGGAGAACCGGGGUUCCCACUGAAUGCUCUUUAUGCCAGACCCAGCAACAAGCAGGAAGACGAGGUUAUGCGAGGGUAUUUGCAGCAACUGAGGCAAGAAACCGGCUUGAGGCUUUGCGAAAAGGUUUUCGAUCCCCAGAGUGACAAACCCAGCAAGUGGUGGACCUGUUUUGUGAAAAGGCAAUUCAUGAACAAAAGUCUGUCAGGACCAGGGCAGUGAAGACAACGGUUAAAUCUGUGGUUACAGCAUUCUCUGUUCCCAGGGUGAUUUGAAUUAUUGCUUCUGUUUUAAUAUAAGUUUUCUACCGAAAGAGAGGAGGAGUUUCUGGAUGCCAGGCUACUGAUGGGAGGGAGGAUGGAGCUUUAAAAGAAAAAAAAUCACGUGCAAUUUUUGUCAAGCUUGAUAAUAAAUAAAAACAAAAGUUCUUUCUAA